GAGACGGACGUCUCGGACAGCUGAGCCACAGAGGAGGGGGUUCGAAGCCGCCAACCCUAGCUGUCCUUGGCUCGGAGCUGAGUCUGGUCUACCCUGCCGUGUCGCUCCAUGGGACUCCAGAGGUGCCCCCCCAGCACAGCACCCUCCAUGAUGGCCUGCCUCCAUGUGGAGCCCCCCUCCAUCUGCACGGGCAAGUUCAAAUCAACUCUGAAAGCUCCUGCUGCCUUCCACGAGCAGAUUCGCAAUCUGAACAGAUCGAGGACGGGGAACUUAGUGAAGGACAAGCUUUGCCGCAGACCCGCUCGCUCCGAGAUGGUGCACAUGAGAAUUCGACAAGAGAGCGAGGCCGACGCUUCUGUUCAAGCCGCUCGGCUCGAGCUCAAGCGGGCGCUGCUGGCCGACGAUAUCAAGCAGAAGAUUGCCCGCAGGCCGGGACCCAUGGAGCUGGUGGAGAAGAACGAUCAUGACGGUGAUAGUCCAGACCCGAGCGAGAGAGCAAAUGUGUACACUUUGAGUGAGGACAACACCAAGGCUUUAUCGCCGCGCACUUGCGGCCAAACAUCUCCGAGGGCCGACUCGGUCUCGCCGACUCGGACCGAGGCCUCGCCAUGUAAUUCCUCAUCUGAUUUAUCCUCCACCGGCGAGCAACCCGCAGCUUCAUCUCAGCUAAUCGGUGCUGGGCUCACAAAGGAGAGCUCGCCAAAACCGCCGGGCGAGAAAAGCCGCGGCAAAAAGAGCCGAGAGGCCAAGCCGAGGAUACGCAAGCUCAAGUAUCAUCAGUACAUUCCCCCGGACCACCACAAACACGAGCUUAAGCCAUCGCCGGCGGCCCGCGUGGACGCCGCUUAUGUGCGCAUUCUGCAGCAGCAGCAGCACUUUCUGCAGCUGCAGAUCCUUAGCCAGCAGCACUUUGGCCACCAGCAGGUGGCGCUCAAUUCAGCAAGCGACUUCCAAACCAGCUGUUCAGCUAAGGUCCAGAACGAAAACGGCAAGCCUUAUCAGUUGCCGAGCAAAGUUGAUGAAAUGAAGGUGGCUGAGCUGAAAGUGGAGCUCAAACUUCGCUCGCUUCCCGUCUCUGGCACCAAGAUGGAUCUGAUCGAGCGGCUAAAGUUGUAUCACGAACGUGUCGGCGGCGUGGAGACGAAAGCUCCCGAAAGCACCCCGCCGCUCUCCCCCAAAGCAUCUGGCGUGGGCCCGGAGGACAACAGCAGGGCGGAUGGUCCCGCGGCAUUUCCUCCGGGGCAGAGCGGGUCCUUCGAGAAGGACCGGCGUCUCCACGAGAAGGAGCGUCAGAUCGAGGAGCUGAAGAGGAGGCUGGAACGUGAGCAGAAGCUUGUGGAGGAGCUCAAGCUGCAGCUGGAGGUGGAGAAGAGGACUCAGCAGCUGGGAGAGUCCUCGCCGCUUUCUCUCAGUCCUCCGUCUCCCCUCAAGGGGGAACGCGUGCAAGUCAAACAGGAAGUGGACACAGAGACGAACCUCGAGCAUGCAGAUCAUCUCGGUUGUCUCCAACAGCCUUGUGGCCAUCCCGUGGCCUUCCUGCCGCCACUUAAAUGUAAGCUCCUCCGAGAGCCUCCUCGCUAUGAAGACGCUGUGAAACACACGCGCAUGCGUGUGACACCUAUUCAGACUUUGUGUGCAGCAAGCCAGGAGAUGGACGACCUGUUUGACAUUCUCAUUGAAAGCGGAGAGAUGUCUCCCUCGCUCAAAACCGACCUUCCGGACGCCAACAAGCGAGUGGCCAUCACGCCCAGUGUCACCCUCCUGCCCGUCAACACCGUUCUGUCUCGCCCUCCGCCCCGCGUCCAGGUGGCACACAUGCCUGCCAAGGAGGUUCCUUUACCCUUGGUCGCCAUGGAGAUAGAGCCGGGCGACGGCGCGGACACGGGGUCCGACCUCCACGGCAUGGACUGGUUGGACCUGAGCGUGUCGGCCCCUGAGGGGGUCUUUACUCCAGACUUCUUGGACACUUACCAGUUGCUCUAGGGGACCACAGAAAGUGGAUCGCUCGAGAAAGACUGGCAGAGCAAUUGUCAAAUUUGCCCUUCAGCUAUCGGGCGUGACGUUGUCGCCAUCUCCUGGUCAGUUACUGAAAUGCAGCCAGUGACAACUUUUUUUAUGGGAAUCCCAAAUGGAUGAGCUGUUAUUUCUAAAAAAAACGAACAAACUUGCAAUAUGUGUAAUAUCCAAUAAAUACUUGGGACAGUGAA